AUGGAUGACCAAAGCUCUGGAUCGGUCAGAAUCGAGAAGCUGACCGCAUCUAACUUUUACAUCUGGAAGCAGAAAAUCGAGCUACUGCUUGCUCUCCGAGAUGUCGAUCAAUACGUUUUUGAUGAUAUUUCGGAAAAUGCGACCUCAGAUGAUCGCAGGAAGUGGAUUCGUGGUGAUGCGAAAGCAAAGGCAGUCAUCGGACUCACGCUUUCUGAUGACUACUUGCAACAUGUGCGAGGGUGUAGCAGUGCAAAAGAGACAUGGGAGGCGAUUCUGAAUGUGUUUGAGCGUCACACUUUGCUCAACAAACUUUCCGCCCGUCGCGACUUUUACACUGUUUCCAUGCUCCCAUCCGAGAAAGUGCUCGUGUUCAUCAAUCGUGUGAAGCAACUUGCUGCCAGAUUGCAGUCAAUGAGUGUUGAGAUUGACGAUAAAGAAAUUGCAAUGGCUGUGUUGAAUGGCUUGCCUCCACGAUUCGAUAACUUGAUUGUUGCACUUGACGCACUUGGCAAUGAGGAUAAAGUGUUUGGACUCGAUUUUGUGAAGAGUCGUCUGCUGCAAGAGGAACAACGAGAGAGCAUGAAGACCGCUUCUACUACUUCACCCCACGCACCUGCACUUGUCAAUCGCAUGCCUAUUCGACGUGAUAUGAGAUGUACGAACUGUAAUCGACAUGGACACACCACAGCACGUUGCUGGGGCAAGGAUGUCAAUGGGCGCCGACCAGCACCGCCAGACGGGUUCCGGUCCCGCAACCCCGGCAUGAAGCCAAGUGCAUUCGUAUCUCGAGAUGAAACUUCUACUGCUGCCUUUGCUGAAAGCGACUUUACAUGCCUGCUUUCGACUUCUUCUCCCGAAAAGAAGGCAGUGAACGCAGGGUCAUGGCUUGUGGAUUCCGGUUGCAGUGCCCACAUUACAUUUGAUCGCUCUUUGUUCGUUACUUAUGAAGAGAUGCAAUCUGGAUCAGUCGAGAUGGGCACGAAGGCUAGAGCCAAUGUCGCUGGUCGUGGUGAGGUAGAAUUCAUGUUGAACGUCAAUGGUAGUCCACAUCCUUGCAAAUUGUCCAACGUUUUGCAUGUCCCUGAUUUCGGAUACUCGCUUCUGUCUGUUAGCCAAAUCGUUUCAAAGGGCUUGCAAGUGUCAUUUGAAAAAGACAAAUGCAUCGUUACUGCAGGACCAACUGUAGUUGCCACAGCUAGUCAAGUUGGGGAUUUAUUCAUACUUGAUGUCAUGAAUGAAACUUUCUCUGCUCAUGUAGUUACCUUGCAGACGCUACAUGAACGAAUGGCCCAUGUUAACGUACAAGGAAUCGCAUCAAUGAUUCACAAUAAUGUGGUAAGUGGCAUCAAUUCUGACAAUCACUCUCUCCUUUGUCCUGCGUGUGUGUUCGGCAAAGCAACGCGAUCAGUAAUCCCGAAACAGCGAUCAUCGUCUCGAGCACAGAACUGUCUUGACUUGGUACAUUCUGACGUUUGCGGUCCGCUCGAAGUACAGUCCAUUGGUGGUUCGAGAUACUUCAUUACAUUUGUAGAUGAUCACUCGAACUUGGUAGUUGUGUUGGAAAUCUUCGACCACAUGCUAAGCUCCAAGCCUGACAGAUAA